AAACUGUUUAUUUCCUCUUGUUUUUCUGUCUUCUUCUUCUUCUGCUUCAGUCUCAUAAUCCCAUGACCACCACGGGCAUUGUCACUCCCCUUCUUCUCCAGACGUGAAACCCCCGCACCAGCCACCCAUGGCCGGCUGCGCGUCGGAGCUUCUGCAACUCGUCAACGACGUCGUCGGCGCUGGAAAGUCCGCCGGCGGAGGAGUUGGCGGCGCCUUCAGGAAGGACUGCACCGAUCUGGUGCGGCGGAUCGCGCUGCUGACGCAUUUGUUCGAGGAGAUUAGGAACUUCAAAGGACUCGAAUUUCCACCCUUGGAUGCUUCCACUUCUUCUUCCUGCUCCACACAGCCGUGGGUUUCCGAUCUCGUCACGGCGCUUCAGGCCGCGAAGCGGCUUGUAUUGGUGGCCACUAGCUUCAAUUCCAAUUGUGACGCUCCUGUGCUCGCCGAUGAAGCUAGCAAGAGGAUAAGCUUCCAUUUUCAAUGCGCGACGUGGAGAUUGGAGAAGGCGUUGGGUGAAAUACCGUAUGAUCAGUUCGAAAUAUCAGAGGAAGUUGAAGAACAGGUUGCAUUGGUUAGAGCACAAUUGAGAAGAGCCAUAGAAAGAUAUGGGACCUUGAAUACGAGGAAAAUGUCUUUUUAUGGUCUACCUCAGUCUCUGGUAGAGUCUGGAAAAUGGGUGCAUGUUAUAGAGAACAAUAGUAGUUCAAAGAUGAUAGACAGUCUUCCCAAGAGCUUUAGUGCUGAUGAUCUGGUUCAUAAAUCGCAAAGGAUGAGCAACUCCUGUGCGGCAGAGGCGCCUUCAGUCUGCUCAACAAAUGAGACUCAUGUUGAUGGUGAGGAAGAUAUGAACAAGAAGUCUGACGCCACUGUCAUCCCUGAUUUUAUAUGCCCAAUAUCUUUGGAACUCAUGAGAGAUCCUGUUAUUGUGGCCACUGGUCAGACAUACGAGAGAUCUUACAUACAGAGAUGGAUAGACUGCGGAAAUACAACAUGUCCAAAAACUCAGCAAAAACUUCAAAAUUUGACACUGACUCCAAAUUAUGUCUUGAGAAGUCUAGUUGCUCAGUGGUGUAUUGACAACAACAUCGAGCAGCUGACAGGAUUAACAAAUGGUAAACUCAAGAAGAGUGAUGGAUCCUUUCGUGACAUUAGUGGGGACAUAGCGACAAUUCGAGCUCUGGUAAGCAAGCUUGCAGGUCGAUCAAUUGAGGAGCAGAGAUCAGCUGCAGCGGAAAUUAGGUCACUGUCCAAAAGAAGUACUGAUAACCGAAUACUAAUUGCAGAAGCGGGCGCUAUUCCGGUAUUGGUCAAUCUCUUAACAGUAGAAGAUGGCUUAACACAAGAGAAUGCAGUGACUUCCAUUCUCAACCUCUCUAUAUAUGAAAACAACAAGGGGCUUAUAAUGCUUGCGGGUGCUGUUCCUUCUAUUGUCCAAGUCCUCAGAGCUGGAAGCAUGGAGGCUCGAGAGAACGCAGCAGCGACCAUUUUUAGUUUGUCGCUUGCCGAUGAGAACAAAAUAAUUAUAGGUGCAUCGGGAGCAAUUUCAGCUUUGGUGGAAUUGCUUCAAAAUGGGAGCACAAGAGGGAGGAAGGAUGCUGCAACAGCGCUGUUCAAUUUGUGCAUUUAUCAGGGCAACAAGGGCAGAGCUAUCAGAGCAGGGAUAAUUACAGCUUUACUAAAGAUGCUAACUGAUUCAAGCAAUUGCAUGGUUGAUGAAGCACUGACCAUUAUGUCAGUUCUUGCUAACCAUCAAGAGGCAAAAGUUACUAUAGUAAAGGCCGGCACAAUCCCUGUUUUGAUAGACCUUUUGCGGACAGGCCUGCCUCGAAACAAAGAGAACGCAUCUGCCAUUUUGCUUGCAUUGUGCAAGAGAGAGACCGAGAACCUUGCCUGCCUAAGUAGGCUUGGUGCAGUCAUACCCUUGACAGAGCUCACUAAGAGCGGAACAGAGAGGGCCAAAAGGAAGGCUAGUUCAUUGCUGGAGCAUCUUCGGAAGUUGCAGCAGCUAUAAUAACACGGGUAGUGGUAAUGCCAUUGAUUUCCAAAUUGUUAAUCAAUGUUCCUCCAAUUUUUUUCUCAAUGAAUGUUCCACUGUUCCUUUUUGUGGUGUGAAACUGAGAAUACGAGGUUGAGAUGAAUAAGUCAAUCGAUCUCAAUGCUUUGUAUAUUCGUUUCUUCCUUCUUUUAAGAGUGAAAUAUGCUCAUUUAAUUUAAUACAUUGUUUUGCUGUAUCA